AUUAAAACGUCUCAUUUGCCCUGCGCUCCCCUUCGCUUCUCCUCCCUCCUCCUUUAUCGUCUGCCACCCCCACUGCACCACCACCUCCAUCGUACAGAGCCAGCGUUUUCUUCACCUUCACCUUCUACUCCGUUGAAUAGAAGCUCCGGUUAAUUUUGGGUACCAAGACACUGUUCAUCAACUGUUGUUUCAAAGGGUUCCACAACUUUUGUCCCACCCAGUAGCCACCAUCUUUAACUGCCCUGCUUUUGUUCAAGGUUUUACUAUUUUUCAUCUCUUCGGUCCUACUGUCCUACUCAAUGAACCCAGUUGUUGGUAUCGGGCGAAUUAUAAGUGAAUGAAGAACCGCUGGCUUGAUUGUAGAAGUGAAGAACCACUGGAGGGGAUUUAUGACUUGUUUUCUAGAAAUCAAGAAAAUAGAAUUAUGAAUUGGAGUUGAAUAUAAACAAAAUAGAGUAAGGUAAUGUGAAGAAAAUGUUGUAGAUCCAAGGAGAACAAGCAGAAUACAAGUGAAGGCUACUUGCUGACGGCCAAAUUCUCAUAACAUGCUCUCAUUGUGACAGCAACGAAAUUAUGCGGGCUUGGUCUCUAUAAGAAAGAAACAUGCCUCAUAGAACCCGACCUAUGACAGCACUACUGGUGUUUACUGGCUUAAAUGUUGUGUUGGUUUCAACAAUCACUCCAGUCUACGACUUUGUUUGCUUUCAUCCUUAUUGGGAGAGAAGGAGGGAGCGGUAUCGUCGGGAACGUGAAGCUGCAAUAGCCAAUAAUUCAAAAUCAAUUUAACAGGUGCCAUAUGGGUAACCUUUUUGAAAGACUCUUGCUUUCAAUUCCUGUUGUGGUGUAAACUAUAUCUUAGAAUCCAAGUAUGAAAUCUCAUAUAAUAUUAGACCUUAUUCUUUGGGUAUUGUUAAAGGCAUCCCUAUUUUAAGUUUCAGGAGCUUUUGUUCAAGAUCUGAUCCAAGCAACCCACCCUGUCAGAUUUACGUAGUAUUUCUCUCUAUUUUCUUUCCUUAUUCGGCCUGAGUAUUACACCAUUUAGUGAGGCAUGUAUUCGUCAUUUGAUGGAAAAUUGGGCAACUAGUGAAUUUGGAAUUGUAAUAGACCGUCUUGAGUAUGAAAUGAAACUGACUCUGGAGCUUGA